AUGUCCGCUCCGUCGCCAAUUUCAAACGAGGCAGUAAGCAUGCCGACCGGUCUCGGUCGAUAUUUGAAAUUGAUUUGGCAGCCUCGUAGUAAAAAGACGGACAAUGACAAUGAAAAGCCGGGGAAUGAGCCGUCUGAUGUCCCACAGCCUUCCUCUGAUGAAACUCCCUCAAGCAAGGAGAACCCCGUCCUCAAGAGCCAGCCUCGUGUUAAUUUUUCAGGCUCCACACCAGGCACGUCGAACGAAACCCCUUUGCAACCCGAGCCGACCAGAGAUCCAUUGCGUCUCAGGCAGUGCAAGAAAAGCGAUAUAAUCAUGCCUCGUCAAUGA